CCAGAUAUCCGGCACAUUUCAACUUGUCAAUAUCACUACCGAUAAACAAGAUAUUAUUGUUAUAUAUAGUCUUUUUAAAUUAAUCUAAUUAUAGUGACAAAAUAGUCACCCCCAGGGGGUCCUUGUUCUAUACUAUAUUCCUAAUUAGUUUUUUUCAUUUAUUUAUUGCGGGAAAAUUGGGUGUAUAUAUCCGGUCGAUAAUAUUACUAUAGCGCGACGAAAAAUUCCGCAUUCAACCACAUUAUUUUUCAGAAGAGAAUAAAAUAAAUUGCUGUUCGUGAGGUAGUUUUGUGCUUUAUAAUAUUAGUGUGAUAUUAAUCAAAAGCCUUUAAGAAUAGCAAUAUGCCGGUACGACCGCAAAGUGCUACGUCAAGACAAGAAGCAGAAAUGGCAGCAAAAAGCUUGAGGGAACUUAACGCUACCGGAAACUCUGCAGAUCCUGUACAAAGAUUGAGGCUGUUGUGUCUGUCCAGAGGAGCUACAGGAAUUUUAGGACUAGGCAGAUUAUUCAGACGCAUGGACGAAGAUGGUAACAAAAAUCUGAACAAAGAAGAAUUUACAUUGGGUUUGAGAGAGAUAGGACUGGAAAUAUCAGAUGAAGAGAUUGAUGAUCUGUUCAAAAAAUUCGACACAGAUGGUAGUGGAAGCAUAAACAUGGAGGAAUUUUUAGUCCAUAUUAGGCCCCCAUUAAGCGAAUCAAGAAAAAAAGUAAUAGAUGAGGCUUUCAACAAAAUGGACAAAACUGGCGAUGGUGAAAUCACAGUUGAAGAUUUAAAGAACGUCUACAACGUCAAAUCACAUCCUAGAUAUAUUUCUGGAGAAGAAUCUGAAGAAAGUAUCCUGAAAAAGUUCCUAGGAAAUUUUGAACAAGAUGCGACAAGAGAUGGCAAAGUAACCAAAGAAGAAUUUGUCAAUUACUAUAGCGGUAUUAGCGCCUCUAUCGACAACGACUGCUAUUUUGAUUUGAUGAUGCGCCAAGCAUACAAGCUGUAAAUCAAUCCCAAGAAACUUUUACUGUAUUUUUGAUAAGAAUAAAAUGAAAAUAAUAAAAGUGUUGUGCUAAAAUAAACCUAUUUACCUGCUUUGUACUGUAAGUUUUAACCGAUAUAUUUAUUAUUCAUUAUUUAUUGAUUUCUCCUGAUGUUUGUAUUGUAUUUUAUAUGAUUAAUUUAUAUCUAUAUCUAUCUUUGUGAGUUACAAAUAAAAGUUAAUAAACUAACUCUAAAAA